AUUCUCUGGACCCAAUUGAUGACAGAGCAACCGUACAAGGGCUAAUUGACGCAUUUAAUAAGUUUUACGUGUCCCUUUUCGCUGCAAAAAAAGGUACGAGGAAGUGUCCAUGAAAUUUCGAUUGUUUCCCCCCCACAGAAUUCUAAUUGUCUUGUGCUUCCUGUUUUCGCUAGGUAUUUUUGGACAAAGGCAAAUUGACAAGAAUUUGGCGCAGAACGCUCCGAAGCUACCCAAUGAUAAAGCCUCAAAGAAACAACCACGUGAGAAGCAAACAACCGUUGUCACUGCUGGAACGAAAAGAAAGGGAUUGGGAAAGGGAUCUCCUGGCUGCGCUCGAAAGCAAAAUGUGACAAAACGUCAAACACGCACACGGUCGAGCGAGUCGUUUAAUUCCCGAAAGCGUGCAAGAACGUCGCAAGAUUCACAGACAGCUUCAACAAAACCACCUGCACGUAUUGCUCCUAGACUCGAAGAAGGCCAAUCAACAACAGAACCGACGGAUGUUUGCAGUCAGACGACCAGUGUUGCAACUGCUAGUACGGCCAGCGUUGCAACUGCUAGUACGACCAGUGUUGCAACUGCUAGUACAGCCAGUAACAGCGAACUGUCCGAGCCACAGGUAGAGACAAAAGAGUGCAGGCAACACCUACGUGCCCAAACGGAUCCGAAAUGGUAUGGCACGAAGCGAGUGCAGCUCAUUCGGAAGAUUUGUGGUGCUGUCAAGGACAACCGACCGAAUGACCGCGAGCUUGACCUGUUUUGGCAAACGAUGGACGAAUGGCAGACACUGGACGGACGCAUAGUAGCAGCACUGAGGACCAUUUGGGACGAGAUCGCGAAGGAUUCGGCAUGCUCGACGCCCGAGAAAAUUCUACGGUUAGCAAAUGCACCCAACGGCGUUACGAACUGCAUACAACACCUUAUUGGCAACGUUUUGUCGCAACAUAUGCAAAACUCGGAGCGUGAAGAAUCACCACAGAAACGAAAUUACACGGCGAAAUGCGAACAGAUUGCAGAAGAAUUCAAGAUCAUCCACUACCACAGAUAUGUCAAAGCGCUGAAGAAGUGUAACUAUCCUACUUGCAAUUCUGUGCUCGAAUUCGAUAGAAUGUACACAAGGUAUUGUUCCUAG